AUGACGCUCCUACAGUUCCUGCGGCAAGCCCGACAAACACACCUCCAGUUUCUGGCCGGAAAACUGCCUGAAGCUCCUAUUUACGUUCUGGGGAACCCCUCCGCAGACCUCGACUCGAUUGUGUCCGCCAUCAUCUACUCGUACUGUGCCAACAACUGUCUUCCGAAGACCAAACCAAGACCACACGCUCCGAUCUUUUUCGCCUGCGCCCAGAAUUUGUCACCGCCCUUCAUCUCUCCACAAAUUUCCCCCCCUUUGGCCAAAGAUGAAGCUUUCUCAAACACCCCCGCCUCCGCCUCCCCACUCCUCCAGAACCACCUUGUCACGAUCGCCGACUUCGCCAACGCCCUGAAUUCCUCGUCCAGCUCAGACAUCCAUGCCGACAUCACCCUCGUGGACUGGAACGCCCUCCCCGAGCAAUCCCCACCCUCCCCACCCCCAGGAACCGGCUCCCUCGGCCCAUCCCUACCACACACCACCACGUCGACGAACACUUUGUUCCCCGCGAUGGACGCACCUAUGAAGAUCUCCCCCGUAAUCAUAACCGUCGGCCCAGGCUCCUGCUCCUCGCUCGUCGCGGACUUCUUGACGGCACACGAGCUGCUCGGUCCCGACGCCGCUGCCUCAGAUGCGCAAGUCGCGAAGCUCCUGCUCGCGGCCAUUCUAAUCGAUACGUCGAAUCUCACUGCCGAAGGGAAAGUUACAGAGGUAGACAAGCGGGCUGUCUCAUCCCUGCGUGGCUUGAUCGCAAAGACCGGGGCGCCGGAGUGGGAUUCGGAGGGGCUGUAUGCGCAGGUUCUGGAGGCCAAGCAGAACAGCCUUAAUAUGCUGACGCUGGAUGAGGUUCUGGAUCGAGAUUUUAAGGAUUGGAGCGAGACGACGGCUGAUGGGCGGGCUGUGAAGAUGGGAUUUUGCUCGUCAGUCAAGCCUGUGCGAUGGCUUGUGCAGAAGGCGGGUGGUACAAAGGAAUUUGUCGAUGGGGUGCGGCGGUUUGCGGAGAGGGAGGACAAGGGCCUGGAUCUUGUGGUUGUCAUGACGUCGUUUACGGCGGAGAGUGGAGCGUUUGAGAGGGAGCUGUUUGUUGCUGCGAUGGGGGAGAAGGGGGCUGCGGUUGAUGGGAUCCAGGCGUUUAUGAGGACCGCAGCGGAGCAGCUGCAACUUGAGGAUUGGAAGGUGGCUGAUGGUGAGGAUGUGAAUAUUCCUGAUGCGCAGAUUAGGGCUGCGUUGGAUGGGGAUCGGGUCUUCUUUAGGAGACUUUGGACCCAGAAGAAGACUACGGCUAGUAGAAAGCAGGUGGCUCCUUUGCUGCGCGAAGCUGUAGCGAAACUUUAG